AACUCAAAAUCACCUAUAAUAACGAUAAGCAACACGAUGCAACAAUAAGCAACAUGAUGCAACAAAUGCAACAUGAUGCAACAAAAAACGACAAGAUAACAUGUAAAAGCGUCAACAAAAAGAAACAUGUAUGAUGCAAAAAAAAACAUUUUUUGGGUAUAAAACAUCUAGUGUGCUAUAUGUAAUCUGUGGAGCCUAACAUGUCAAUAGAGGCAAGUCACCAUGUUGCUAUAUGUAAUCUGUGGAGCCUAACAUGUCAAUAGAGCCUAACAUGUCAAUACUCCAACCUUAGUAUGCCUGUUUCAAUUCAGUUAACUAGAGAAAAGACAAAUCUAAGAAUCAUAUAUACAUAACGAUGAGGGUACUGGAAUAUCAUCAUUCAUUAGGUUUUAGAAGACAUCACUCAACAACUUUGAUUCAGUGAGCCUGGUCAAAGAAACUAUUCCUUUUGGAGUUUUGGGUCAUAAGAAUUUCUACGGCAACAUUCAAAUCUCCAUCACCAACUUCUAGAGCAACCUCAAUUUGGGUCUUAUCAAAACCCAUUGCAACCAGUUUCUGAGUGUCUUGAUCUGAUGGGACAUAUGGCCCUAGGGGAUUUGCACUGCUGCAGCUGUAUUCACGGCUUCUGACCUUCAAGAUGAAGGCCUCUGUUGUCCGCCAUGUAUUGAAGCUGACACAUGCUCUAGGCUGUCAAUAUUAUCUAGCAGACUAACCAUUAAAUUUGAAUCAGGACUUCCUAUAGAAGCAGCUCGAUUUACACCAGAUGCAAGGCUCCUCCCGGCUCCAAGGAAACGAUUAUCAUCUUGCAUGGACUGAGUGGGAUGAGAAUUUCCACUCUGUAGCAUCAGUGAAGACCAGUUCAUCCACAUAUUUCCGAAGUGCAGUCCACUUUAAGCUGUAUUCUGACUUAAAUAUGUUGGAAGGUGACCUCAAAACAUUCCCGGUGCACAUCAUAAACUUUGGUCUCCUCACACAAGAUGAAAGACAUGAGGAUGAUUCAAUUGAUGAAAAGCGGGAUGUAUCGGGUAUUAGAAUGUUGAAGAAACCAUUAGUAUAUGCAAAUCCAGACAAAAUACCAGACAGGUGCUCAAGAAACGAGACAUUUGGCAUAAGAAGCUCAAAAACCACUAGCAAGACCAGUGCAUACCAUUUAGUUAGAACAUUAAAGAGUCCAAAUAAGGCGUGCACAAGAGUAAAUGAGAAGGCAAUGAGUCCUGACCCUUUCAAGCUUACUUCCUGAGGCGGCACAGAGAAACAGCUAAAGAACGGAACAUGCUCACACUCACCUUUUGUACUCCCCUAAAAUAUCAAUUUCAAGAAAUAGAUCUAUUCCGUCCGCCUUUCCCAAAAAUCUGCCAUCCUUAUGUUUCACAACUCUGACUUUUUUGUCUAAAAUCUGCCUUAGAUUUGGUAGAGAAGUCGUAAAAAAUUUAUCUGAAUACCUCUAAUUUGAGAAGCAUUGGAAGAAUAUAGUCUUACGGCUUUGCAGCAGAUCGAUCGUCUGGCCACCGGGCUGUCUGGCGGUGUUGGGACGAGCAUUCCAACAUAGCUCCAUCCCUGAGAAGAGAGUUGGAAGUCAUGCUACGAUCUCUACGUUGGCUCUCUCACAAUUCUUCACCCGCGAUGAGAAAGCCGAUAGGUAAUUUCCCUUGUGUAUCAUCUCUCUUCAAGAAGGUUUGACAAAA